CUUGUGGCGAUGGGCGCGCGGCCGGAACCUCAACCACCACCCAGUGAAUCACUGUUUCCUGCCUGCUAGUGGAAAUAAGGACAUCUUUGAGGAUGUAGGUGAGGGGCGUGAUGACUUCCAGUGCCAAGUCGGUGAGGUCGGACAUCAUUAGUGCUAUCAGCCGCCACACUCGCCUCAGAGACGUCGACGAGGAUUUGCAAGGCCUUGGCAAAGGGUCCGCCACUAAGGUCCACUUUCCAGGGGCUGACACUCUCGAUGCGGGCAACACCGACGACGGAAUCGGCUCCCUCGGUGGGUCACCGGCCUCCGUGAGGGUCCUCUCUGCCUCCCCGAAGACCACAGGACUGUCCGAGUCCGAGUGUGACAUACAUCCCACACUACCCAGCACCAGUACCUGGGAGGACCGACACCCACAGAGCCAGGAGGCCUUGUCGGACAACUGGCGGGAAGCUGUCACGAUAGAGACAGGGCCGCCCGUCACGACGGAAGGUGCAAUUGUCGUCUCAUUCGCAGAACCAAAUAAUACAAAUUGGGAGGAAGACAAUCUGUCGCUGAGGAGUGGUAUAGGAAGGUCACUCAGGAGUGAGAGCAGAGCCUCAGUGAAGCACGAGGUGGACCUUCUAACACCAGAUGAUAUUACUGAAAGGCGCCUAGGUAGUGGUGACGGAGGCCGCGCCACCUAUCCAAGCAGCGGCAGGAGGUCGCAGCUCAGCGUCCGUAGUGAGGAUAACUCGGUGUCAACGCCACCAAUAGAGUCAGCAGGUGCUGGUGAGUCAAUAGAGUCACUAGCGGAGAAAGGAAACGAGUUACCAGAGCCAUUAACAAAUGGAGGUAACUUAUCCCCGAGCCCUGACCCUGUUCCUCAGGCUAAUAACUUAGACAUCGAACUCCAGAUAUUUGUCCAAAAUUCAGAAGAAACUCCGGAGUCGCAAGAGACUGCACCAGGCGAUCCUUCUGCUAACGGCGGCGGAAAUGUGGAAAGAGAGUCUGACGGAGAAACAGACGGCACUCAGAAACUCAAGUAUUUUCAAGGUUCGGGAGUUGUGUCGUCGCCGUCUGUAGACUCCAUUCACGAAGAGAACAGUUCGGAGACAAGCGGCAUCCCGGAGGAACAGCUGCUUACUUCCGUCUUGCGAUCCCAAGACGGACGAAAAGUACGCUCGUCGUCCGUGGGCCACAGGGUGAGGUUCAGAGGUGAGUGUUGCAUCGCAGAGGCUGGUGGAGACGCCGCCGCCGCAAGCGACGACGCUCGCCGCAACAGUCACGCCGCACCCAAGCGAAGUCGCCGCAACAAGAAAAAGCUCAUCAAAUCAGCCAGUGUCUCCAACAUGGCGGCAGAGGCCAGGGAGGAGGAGUCUCGCCAGGAGUACUCCACGCUCCUGAAGGAGAUCCGCGCUCUGAUGGCAGAGGUGAGGCGACAGCGUCAGGACUUCCGUACUGAGAUUCGCUCCCUCGCCACCACCAUCAACCGCAGACACAACUACGCCACCAAGAACUGCGUGUGCUCCGCCAACAGGAAAGGCUCUCGCCUCCCUGUAAUGGUAGGAACAGGUCGAGUUAGAUAAACCACGGAAGGUCGACUAAUCAAUUUACAUUUUGGGCCUAGCCUAAACCUUGCCUGUCUAUAUGAAGGUCAAUUUGUCCAUAUCAUUAUGACUAAGCUAAGGCAAGUUUGAUCACAUGCUGUAUUAUAUUGCUUUACCAACUUGUAUGUACACUCUUAGCGAGCACUCUUGUACAUAUGCACCUACCAACUGAGCACUCUUGUACAUAUCUGCCCUCUGAGCACUCUUAUACAUAUCUGCCCUCUGAGCACUCUUGUACAUGCGUACUGAACACCGUGUCGUAAUCUAUGAACAAUUCCGCGUUGUGUCGUUAUUAUGGUAGAUAAUGACACGUAAUUUUGUGGAAACUAACACACUUUUAAUGUGUUAACAUUAAAACAUUAUUAAUAAAGUUUUUGAACUUGACAACUGGCAUUUAUUUAUAUUAUUAUUAUUGUUGUUGUUAUUAUUUUUAGUUUUAUUAUUUGGGUGUUAUUUAUU